AUGAUGUGUUCAGGUCUGGCUGAGUCGGUGGCGGCAGCAGCGUUCUCCAGAGUCGGCCAGAGAGUCCUUCACCUGGACAGGAGGAGUUAUUAUGCAGCUAACUGGGCCAGCUUCACCUUCAACGCUCUGCUCACCUGGAUCCAGCAGCAGCAGGAGGAGCCUCAGCCGGAGGAGGCUCCCGAUUGGUCGAGCCUGUUGGAGGAGGGGGAGGAGCUGAUCUACCUGUCCAAUGACUCAUCCUCCGUCAGUAACCUGCAGGUGUUCUGCUUCACCAGCGAGGAAGAUGAAGAGGACGAAGCUCCAAACACCACAGAGGAAGACAGAGGAGGAGCCGAGGAGGACGCCGUCAAGGAAGCAUCUGAGACCGAAUCUGCAGAUUCCAAAGAAGAAGAAACGCAGCAGGAGGACGAGGAGACGGCAGAGGACGAGCAGCGUCGCCACACAGAGGGGGAGGAGCCGGAGGCCGAGCUGCCGUCUCCCACCGCGGCUCAGAGCCAAUCGGAGCCGAGCAGGAAGAAGAUGAGCUACGCUCAGCUGGUGAAGGAAGGACGCAGGUUCAACAUCGACCUCGUCUCCAAGGUAACGCCUGAACUUACGCUGAAAUACAACCUGAGAGCAAAAAACCCGAAAUAAUGAACGUUCACACUG